AUGGCAUCCCCAUCAGACAUGCUUCGGGACUUUGAGAUGCUGCGCUCGCACCUGAUGGCGGUGCUCCGCGCGCAUGAGCAGGGCAGCGAGCGGGUUGGCUCUCCCCGAUCGGCUUGGACCGGUGAUGCAGCCGGUGAGAGCGAAGGCCCGACUAUUUUGCCGAGGAGCGUCCUUGGCCUUACUGACUUGAUUGAAGAGUAUGGCUUGAAGGGACAAGCAGUCUUCCAAAAGAUCGCCGACUUUGUUGCCAAGAUGACGCCCAGUGAGCUGCAGGUUGCUGGUCGCGUUCUCAUGGAUACGUCGCUCCAGGCAGACUUGGCAGAGUCCCACCACCGUCUCCGCGAAACCAAAGCGGUGGUUUCGCAUGAGGACGACCAGAGCGAUAUGGCCAACCGCACCUGGAAGUUCCUCAUGAAGAAGAUGGUGGCAGAAGGUGUGAAGCCCGAGAAGAUCCGCGAGGCUCUGGCCAAUCAGAAGAUUGAGCUGGUCUUGACUGCGCACCCCACAGAAGCCCAAAGGCGAAGUGCUCUGAAGAAGCACGAGGACAUGCUGAACUACUUGCAAAGGUACGACGGCAAAGACUCGCUCACACCAGGACAGCUGCAAGGCCUCGAUGAUGAUAUCAAGGCCGUGCAGUGGAGUUGCUGGCGCACGAACACGGUGCGACGCACUAGGCCAACUCCGGAGGGAGAGGCCCGCAAUGGCAUGCUGGUCAUCGAGGACACUGUUUGGAAGGCGGUGCCGGAGUACUACCGCCGCAUCGACCGCUGCUUGAGGCGAAUUGGCCAGCCUCAACUUCCUUACGGUGCAUCGAUUCUGAAGAUGAGCAGCUGGAUGGGAGGAGAUCGUGAUGGCAAUCCCAAUGUGACGUGGCACACGACCAAGCAAGUGGUGACACUGCUUCGCUGGCGCAUCGUGGAGCUCUACUACCGCGAGGUGGAUGAGUUGCUCUACGAGCUGAGCAUGACGGGAGAGACCAGUGAGGAGCUUCAGCGAGAGAUCGAGGCUGUAAGCAGCAUGUGGUCGGCCCCGACGGUGCCCGGAGGCAAGGUUUGUCGCCCGGACCAGCGCAGUGGCGUGCACUGGAACUUCCACACCGGUGUGGCUGCCGACGAGCCCUACCGAAGGCUUCUGAUGGCCGUGCGCAGGCGCUGCUGGCGAACGAAGAAGACGAUGGAGGCCAUGUACAUGGGCAGCGACCCGGAGCCAGACUUCGAGAAGGAGGUUCUCACCUCCGUGGACGAGCUGGCUCGGCCACUGGAGAUUAUCUACCGCUCUUUGGUGGAGAGUGGCGAUGAGGCCGUGGCCAACGGCCGACUUUUGGAUCUCAUCCGCCGCGUACGCACAUUUGGCAUCAGCAUGGCUUGCUUGGACGUGCGCCAGGAAAGUGACCGUCACUCCGAGGCUUUGGAGGCGAUCACCGAGUUCCUGGGCUUAGGGAAGUACACUUCCUGGUCCGAGCAAGAGAAAUGCGAUUGGCUCGUGAAGGAGAUUGAGUCGAAGAGGCCUCUCUUGCCCGAGGAGCUCGAAUGCAGCGACAUCGUUAAGGAAGUCUUGGCCACCUACAAGACCAUCUCUGAGUUGCCCAUCGAGGCCUUGGGCGCCUACUGCAUCUCCAUGUCCCGGGCUACUUCGGAUGUCUUGGCUGUGUGCUUGUUGCAGAAGAUCGGAGGCAUGAAGAAGUUCAUGCGUGUCAGCCCCCUCUUCGAGACCCGCGAUGACUUGAUCAAUGCCCCCAAGGUGAUCGACGCCGCUUUCAGCGUGCCAUGGUACAAGAACCACAUUCAGGGCAGCCAGGAGGUCAUGCUGGGCUACUCCGACUCUGUCAAGGAUGCAGGAAAGUUUGCCUCUACCUGGGAGCUGCACGUGGCCAUGGAGAAGAUCCUGGAGGUCGGCAAGAAGCACGGCGUCAACGUGACCUUCUUCCAUGGCCGCGGUGGCUCCAUCGGACGUGGAGGUGGCCCUCCUCACCUGACCCUCCUGGCCCAGCCCGCAGGCUCCCUGGAGCGAGGCCACCUGCGCCUGACCAUCCAAGGUGAGACCAUUGGCCGGCACUUUGCCAGCGCCGAGGUGGCCGAAAGGACGCUGGAGCGAUACUCCACGGCUGUGCUGAAGCACACCCUCACCCCACCGCCACUCCCAAGCCCGGAGUUCCGAGCAGCCAUGCAGGAACUGGCCGACAUCUCCGCGGAAGAGUACCAGAAGACCGUGUUCAAGAGCGAGAACGAUAUCUUUGUCCGCUUCUUCCACACUUACACCCCCACCUCCGAGCUCGGACAGAUGAACAUCGGAAGCCGCCCUGCCAAGCGCAGGGCCUUCGGAGGCAUUGACACGCUCCGGGCCAUUCCGUGGAUCUUUGCCUGGACCCAGACUCGAUUGCUUUUGCCGGUCUGGCUCGGCAACGGCCUAGCUCUGCAGAAGUACAUCGAUGCUGGAAAGCUGCCCUUGCUGCAGCAGAUGUACAAGGAGUGGCCUAUGUUCCAAUCCAUGCUUGACCUGAUUGACGUCGAGCUCGGAAAGGCCCAGCCGGACCUGGCCAAGCACUACGAGACCAAGACUUUGAAGGAGGACGACUUGAAGAACUUGGCCCAGCAUCUGCGCAACGGUCUUCAGCAAGCCAUCACCAACGUCCUCAAGGUCAAGAGCGCCGACAAGCUGCUCACCAAGGACCCCAUUGUGAAGCAGUCCAUCGCCAUGCGCCGGCCUUUCCUCGACAUCUCCCACGUGAUCCAGGCCGAGGUGCUCCAGAGGCUCCGAGAUGCCCAGGCCAAAGAUGAGGAGCCGCCAAAGGAGCUGAGGGACGCCAUGAUCAUCUCCAUCCAGGCCAUCGCCGCCGGUAUGCAGAACACCGGCUGA